AUGCCUUUGCCAGACGACGACAAUCGAGUCCGCAUCCUGAAGACCGCCUUUGUGAGCUAUAGUCACGCAGACCUGGCCAACGCUCGUCAAUUUCUGCUUGACUUCGGCCUCAAGAUCGAGAAAGAAGAACCGGGCAAGAUCAUCUUCUUUCGAGGAUACGGCUCAGAACCAAUCUGUUACGUUGCCCGACAAUCAGAAAAUGGACAAUCAUCUUUCGAUGGCGGCGCUUUUGAAGUAGAGUCUCAUCAAGAACUGGAGAAGGCGGCCAAGCAAAUCCCAGGCGCCACAGAAAUCUAUCAACUUGAUGGCUACCCUGGCGGCGGCGAGGCAGUGACCUUGACAGACCCAGCAGGCUACAAAUGUCACCUGGUCUAUGGCCAACAACCUCGAAUACCCGACCCACCUCCACGAGAGAAGCUUGUCCUCAACUUCGAAAACGAGAAAUCUCGCCUCGGUAGAUUUCAUCGCGUUCCACCUGGCCCGGCGCCUGUCUAUCGCUGGAGUCAUGUAGGAGUGGCAUAUCCCAUCGGCACUUUCCAGGAGAUGUUCGAUUGGUAUACGAAGAACUUAUCAUUCGCGCCUUCGGAUGUCCUGACACGGGAUGGAAAGCCUUCGACUUGCUUUUUGCAUAUCGAUCGUGGAGAGGAGUUUACUGAUCAUCAUGCGUUUUUCAUCAAGAGUGCGAAACCGCAUGCAAAGCCGGAUGUUGCGCAUGCGGCGUUUGAGGUUCAUGAUCUGGAUGUGCAGCAGCUUGGUCAUCAGCAUUUGGAAAAUCAGGGAUAUAAGCUGUGUUGGGGUGUGGGGAGGCAUCUGCUCGGAAGUCAGAUCUUUGACUACUGGUUUGAUCCCAGUCAAUUCGUUGUGGAGCACUAUGCAGAUGGAGAUAUGGUGAACAAAGAUACACCUGUUGGUAGCAUUCCUGCGGGGCCGGAAGCGUUGUCUGUUUGGGGUCCAGCUGUUCCAGCAGUGUUUUAG